AUGGCAAUUGUUUUGGAAGAAAUGACAAUUGUUUUAUGCUGUGUUACCAAAAAGGGUAUUUUGAUGGAACGUUUCGUUGGUGUUAUCCACAUCAAUGAUAAAUCUGCACAAUCAUCGAAAGAAACAAUAGAUUCUUUGCUUAUGAGUUACUCAAUGAGUCCAUCUAAGAUACGUGCACAAGGUUAUAAUGGAGACGCUAACAUGGAGAAAGAGAUCAAUGAUCUUAAGACUCAGAUUUUACAAGAUAACAUGUCGGCAUAUUGCACUCAUUGCUUUGCCCAACCACUACAUUUGACACUUGUAUCUGUUGCUAAAAGACAACGUGAUGUCGAUGAUUUCUUUGGUAUGCUCACUUUUAUGUUGAAUCUGAUAGGAGUUUCUUUUGAGCGACAAGAUUUUUCACAAGAAAAUCAAGUUGAAAAUUUGGAAGAACUGCUAAAGUUUGGUAAAAUUCUUACUGGGCGAGACUUUAAUCAGAAGUAUGAUGAGCUUGAGAGAUCAAGUGAUGCUCCUUUGGAAUCUCAUUUGAAACUAAUGUGGGCAGAUGGUCUUGUGGAUGACCUACAAUCGUUUGAGUUUGUUUAUAUGCAACAUGUGAUGUUCAAAGUACUGUCGAUCACAAAGGAGUUGGAUAUAGUCUUACAAAGAAAAGAUCAAGAUAUUGUAAAUGUUUUGAAACUCGUUGGCACGACAAAGAGACAAUUUGAAAUAAUGAGAGAUGGUGAAUGGGAACAUUUUAUGGAUGAUGUCUCUUCAUUUUGUGUCAAAUAUGAUAUUUUGAUUCCUAAAAUGGAUUACCUCUAUGUUAUUCCUAGAGGUUUGAAGCGCAAGGUAUCUACCGUCACAUAUUCACAUCACUAUCGCGUGGAAGUUUUUGAUGUUGUUAUUGAUUCACAAUAG